CGCUCGCAGCUCCAGCCCAGCCGACUGGACCCGAACCGAGCCGGGCGGAGCCGACUGGACCCGAACCGAGAGCCCCGGGACUGCCCGCGCUGCUCAUGGCCGGGAAGAAGCUGAUCGUGGUGUUCGGGGCCACCGGGGCCCAGGGCGGCGGCGUGGCCCGGGCGCUGCUGGAGGACGGCACCUUCAGGGUGCGAGCGGUGACACGGAGCCCCAGGAAGAAGGAGGCGGAGGAGCUGAGGCGGAGGGGAGCCGAGGUGGUGAAGGCAGAUCAGGACGAUGAGGCGUCGCUGGAGCGGGCCUUGGCAGGUGCCUACGGAUCCUUUAUUGUCACCAACUUCUGGGAGCACUGCAGCAAGGAGAAGGAAAUCGAGCAGGGACGGCGUCUUGCUGACCUGUCCAAGCGCCAGGGUCUGCACCACGUCGUGUUCAGCGGCCUGGAGAACGUGCAGCAGCUGACAGGGGGCCGGCUGGAGGUGCUGCACUUUGAUGGCAAAGGUGUGGUGGAGGAGUACUUCCAGAAAAUUGGGGUUCCCACCACCAUCAUCCGCCUGCCCUUCUACUUUGAGAACUUCCUCUCCAUCUUCAAGCCGCAGAAGGCCCCGCAGGGAGACAGCUUUGUCCUGGAGCUGCCCAUGGGGGACACCCCAAUGGAUGGGAUGGCUGUGGAGGAUCUUGGGCCCGUUGUGCUUUGCCUGCUGAAGUCCCCAGGGGAGUACAUUGGCCAGGUGAUAGGACUCAGCACGGGCAAGCUCACCGAGACAGAGUACGCUGCCAUCCUCUCCCAGCAGACGGGCAAGACUGUGACAGCCAGCAAGAUCUCCCCUGAGGAGUAUGAGAAGCAGAACUUCCCUGGGGCCAAGGAGAUGGCUGCCAUGUUCCGUUUCUACGCCCUAAAGCCAGACCGCAACGUGGCCCUGACCAUGAAGCUCAACCCCAAGGCCCGCACCUUCCAGCAGUGGGUGGGGGACAACAAGGAUGCCUUCUGAGCCUCCCCUCCCUCCUCUUCCUCCCUGGUUUCUGCAGCAGGUAGGGGGACCUGAGGUGAGGUGCCCUGAGCCAUGCUGCCUUCCCAGCAGUGCCCCAGGGAGAAGCUGAUCCUGCCCCAGCUGGGGGAGCUUGGCCCAUAUGCUGGUCCAUGUGUGUGCUCCUGCAGCCUGGCUGGGACUAUUUAGGCAGCCAGAACAAGAGGAAGUGCUGGACAGCACAGGCAGAGGGGUGGCAGAAGCACUGCCUUUGCACUCUGGCCUCAGGGAGGUGUUGCUUUAGUCAUUGUGGGUGUUUUAGGGUGGUGGGGCCUUUUUUUCCCAGGAUCACAUCCUUUCCCAGGCAGCUCUGAGCACAUGACACCAAGGUUUGGGCACUGCAGGUGAGCCACUGGAGAGAUGGAGGCUUAGUGUCACCCGAGCAAGCAGGGACUGCAGUGGCUUCCUGUGAGUGUAACACAAAAGCUGAGCCUGAUUCCUCAUCGUACAGCUCUGGCUCUGUUCCUUGGGCUCCUGGAGAUAAUUUCAGUCACUGUCCCAAGGAGCUGAGAUAAAACUCGACUUUUUCUAUACUGUCUAGGGUUCAGUGGAAAAGCCCCUUCCCCCUCAUGUGCCUGAAGGCCUGCUCAGAUAGGGCAGCUUUGUGUUUCAAGUCAAUCCCAGCCCCUAGCAAUGCUCGAGCCUGUCCCAGAGACCUUCAUUCCUGUUACCAGGGGAGGGAAAGGGGGAAGAGUAUACAAGGCAGCAAGGCACAGCUCAUGUUAAAUAUCUUUAUGAAGUCCAUCUUAUUUACAUGGGUACAGAAUCACUUUACAGAAGUUUAAUCAGGAGGCAACGCGUGCUUUAUUUCAGCAAAUUAAGAAGGGCAAGACUACAGCAUGUCCCUGUUUAAUUGGUGUUGAACUGAUUAGUAGGUGGGCUGAUGGUACCUGCACGCUAUCACAAACACAGCAGGCUACAGUAACCAUGGAAUACUCACUGCAAGAGCUCAGCUGCAUCUGGAAGGAGUGAUCCACCUCACUUGCACUCUCACACAAGUAAAAGAACAAUGCUUUGACCAAUCCUUUACACUAUGGGUGUUGCACUAAGGUAAUAAAAGAUUUUUGUCCCCAA